AUUUAUAUGUGCCCUGAAACACUCAAGUUUAAUUAAAAUAACAUCAAGUGGUUGUACAAGAGGAUUGCCAAUGCUGCUGCCAUUUGUGUUGCUACUACUUUACAGUGCUGGAUAUUUGUCAGCAAUUCAAUUGCCACAACCUGGAAACCAAGCAAAUGUUGCAACUGGAACCACAAACCUCAUGAUCACUGCAACAAUGUCAUAUAGGCAAUCUUCAUGUUCGUGGAAGGGAACAGGACUAACUAGCACAGAAUUUUACUUCUCUGCUUUUGGUAGUUGUCAGACUGUUACUUCAACUGCUACACAUAACAUUACAUGCACAAAUAUACCUGGGGGCUAUUCUACAAGUCUGACAUACCUUACUGCAAUGACAAGCAACACCAGCAUUUCACUAAGCUGUGAUUCUGCUGUUGUUUACUCAUUGUCAAUGAUAGUAAAAGAAUGUUCAUCUCCAACAUCCAACAAUGUUCCAGUCAACCCAUCAAGUGGUGUCUUCAACACUCAAGCUAACUUCCAGUGUUCCCAUGGUUCAACUUUAUUUUAUAUAAAUGGAACAACUGGAAACACUGCAACCAAAUGCCUUGCUACAGCAGAGUGGGAGAAUGAAAAGAUAGUUCAAUGUUGGUCAGCACCAACUGCUACAUUGAUUGGCAACAAUACCAUUUGGGCUGGAAACAUUGCUACAUUCCAAUGUAAUGCAGCUGGGGGUGUCCCUUCUUUGGACAGAGUUGAAAUUUAUUUCAAUAAUCAAAAUCAAACGUUGGUUGGAAACACAUGGACAAGCAAUCCACUGAGUAGUUCAAACAAUGGAGAUAUAGUGGAAUGUAGAGCUAUAAAUAGCUACACUGCCAUGCAGGAAUAUUCAAACUUGGGAAGAGACAGCAAGACAUUGAUUAUACACUAUGCAGCCGAAGGAUUUGCAGUGAAUGAUGGUACAACCAGCCACAGUAACAUAUGUACAUGGUAUAUUGCCCCACCUGGUCCAAGAUCAUGUACCAUCACAUUCUCACUUAACCCAACUACUUAUACAACCACUUUAACAAAGGAUGGAGCCAUGGUAACGAAUGAUGCAACUAAUCAGCCACAAACAUCAACAUCACAAACUUUUGUUUUUACUCGAAACCAGCCAUCAUUCAAUGAUAGUGGGAAUUAUACAUUAAGAAUCAACAAUGGAAUAUUUGAAAAUACUUUCACAUUCAAUAUAUCAGUGAUAAAUGAAGUGCAACCUACAACAACAAUAACAACUCCCGCAACUAGUGUACAACCUACAACACAAGUCCCAACAACUGGUGGUACAUCACAGUCCAUCCCACCACCAGAUAACUUGGGUGUUAUAAUCGGAGCUGUGUUAGGUGUAGUGGGAGCUCUUAUAUUGAUCAUCAUUCUUGUUUAUCGCAUUUUUAUCAGACCAAACAAGAAAGAUGUAACUGUUGCUAUACUCAAUCCCGAAAUUCCUGGAUCUUUCAAACUACCACGUUAUGUUGAUAUCACCCUUCCACAAGAAGUGUCAUACGAAAACUUAAAAGAAGAAAAUAUUGAUCCAAGCUCAACAAAUUAUGAAAACAUGAGAAACAACGUAUCAGUUCAACGAGAUGAAGAAGGCUAUGUUGAACUAAAGCAACUGGAUCCUUGUGGACAGGUUGUAACCAGUAGUGAGAAUGGUGGGUAUGAAACAGCCAUUGUUAGAGUGAACAAGGAACCAGAAUACGUGAGCAUUGCCCAACUUCCACAACCACUGUAUGAGCCUAUUAAUCCACCGCCCUGACAAAGUAGACACUGCGUACGCCUCUUGCCCAGAAAUGGUUUCUAUGCUUGACACUGCUACCAUUGCAUGUGUCCUAGGACAAGACACUUAAGGGUUGUCUUAAUUGUCAGCCAUGCAUUACAAAAAAGGGAAAUAAUAUUUUAUGUCCCAUUUCAGUAACCAAUUUAUUAUAAAAGAUCACUUUGUAAGAUGUGAUAGUUUGAAUUUUAUUCAAUAAUCGAUUCAGCUUUAUGUUAUUAUGUUUUUAUUUUAAUGUUUUGGUUUUUAUUUUUAAUGCUUUGGAUUUUUAUAAUAUAUGGUAAACUGGGGUAAGAUGGGACGUUUUUAUUCUCUUUUUAGUUCUAUUAGGUAAUAAACCAGAAAAAAAUAAAGAAUUAUAUGACUAUAGCCAUUGAUUCUGAAAGAGCUCAAAAAAAAUGUUUAACAACGAUCAGGAAAAAUUGGAUAUUCGUGUUAACAAUCCGAUCUUAUCCCAUUGUAAUAUAGCCUACACCUAAAUAUUUUUAUACAGAAUGUGUUAUAUUAUCUCUUUUACUAUAGAAGGGUUACUGCUGUUGUGGUAACUUUUUAAGAUUGUGUUAAACUCUCUGUUAAUAUUUGCCAAUCAAUGUGAAUAACAUGAUUUCUGAUCUACAUUGUGCGCUCGUAUAGUCAUGUAAAGAUUUAAUGCUAAGCAUGCAGUAACUCAGUAUAAGUGAACAUCAGCAGUUGCUUUAUUGUCUGCCAUAAGUUAAAAUAAAUAUCCCAAUGGACGCGUAUGUAUUUGGGUAAGAUAUCUGCCAAACGAGGUUAAAUAAAUAAAAUCAUUUAGGCAA